AUGACUGACGCUUCUGUCAAAUCCGCUGAGAAGGCUCUUGAGCAGAUGUCCCUCAACGAUCAGAAAACCGAUGCACCCGCCACCGAUUCUGCUGCCGCUGCCACUGCUACCAGCACCGAGGGUGCUUCUGCUAAGACUGCUGAAGCUUCUUCUGAGGGGGUUAAUGCCAACCGUGUGAGCAACGCGUCUUUGUUUGUUGGCGAGCUGAGCUCUGGCACUUCCGAAGCCAACCUGUACGAGCUCUUCAACCAGAUCGGAUCUGUUGCCUCUAUCCGUGUCUGCCGCGAUGCCGUCACCCGUGAGUCUCUUGGUUAUGCCUACGUCAACUACCAUAACAGCGAGGAUGCUCAGCGCGCUAUGGACCAGCUUAACUACCAGCUCAUUAAUGGCCGUUCCUGCCGCAUCAUGUGGUCUCAGCGAGACCCUAGUGUUCGUAAGAGCGGUAAGGGCAACAUUUUCAUCAAGAACUUGGACCCCACUAUCGACAACAAGGCUUUGCACGAUACUUUCAAUGCCUUUGGCGAGAUUCUGUCCUGCAAGGUCGUCACCGACCGCCAGGGCAAUUCCAUGGGCUACGGGUUCAUCCACUUCACCGAGGCCGAGGCUGCUGAGAAGGCUAUACGUGUCGUCAAUGGCAUGAACCUUAACGGCCAGGAGGUCUAUGUUGCUCACCACAUCGCCAAGUCUGAUCGGGUUUCUGAGGCUGAUUCCCAGCGUGCCAAGUUCACCAACGUCUACGUCAAGAACUUGGGUACCGAGACUACCCAGGAGGAGCUUGAGGCUCUCUUCACUCCUUUCGGCACCAUCACUUCUGCCGUUAUCUCCACCGACGCCGAGGGCAAGUCCCGCGGUUUCGGUUUUGUCAACUACAGCACUCACGAUUCUGCUGAGGAGGCUGUUUCCAAGCUCCAUGACACCGACUUCAAGGGCCAGAAGCUUUACGUUGGCCGUGCCCAAAACAAGUUCGAGCGUCAGACCGAGCUCAAGCAGCAGCACGACAGUGCUCGUCUUGAGAAGUACACUAAGUACCAGGGUAUUAAUCUGUACAUCAAGAACCUUGAUGACUCUAUCGACGACGAAAAGCUCAAGGAGGCCUUUGCUCCUUUCGGCACCAUCACUUCUGCCAAGGUCAUGACCGACGACAGUGGUCACUCCCGCGGCUUCGGCUUUGUCUGCUACUCUGCUCCCGAGGAGGCUUCUCGUGCUAUUGCUGAAAUGAACCAGCAGCUGCUUGGUUCCAAACCCCUUUAUGUAGCGCUCGCCCAGCGCAAGGAUCUGCGCCAGUCUCAGCUCCGUCACCAGGUCAGCGCUCGCAACCAACUCCGUCUCCAGCAGCAGGCUGCCGUCUCCAACGGUCUCCGUGGCCAGUUCUUGGGUGGUCCCGUCAUGUACGGUGGCCCUGGUCAGCACCCUGGCUUCAUCAACGGUCCCCCCGGCGGCCGUGUUCCUUUCCCUGAGCCCCAGAUGAUGGGCAUGCCCCGUGGCCCCGCCCCCGUUGGCCAGUGGCAGGCUGGCCCCGGUGGCGCUCCCGGUAACUUCCCGGCCGCUGGCUACCCUGCUGGCCCCACCGCCGGUAAGCCUGAGUCUCUCGCCACUGUGGUCGCUGCUGUGCCCGAGGAGGCCAAGAAGCAGGUCAUUGGUGAGGCCCUUUACCCUAAAAUCCUUCAGAACAAGUCUAUCAAUGACGCAGAGCUCGCUGGUAAGAUUACCGGUAUGCUUCUCGACAUGGAUAAUGACGAGCUUAUUGAGCUGGUUGACCGCGAAGACCUUCUCCAGGAGCAGGUCCAGGAGGCUCUUAGUGCUUACAACUCCUACUUGGAGAGCCAGGGCAGCAAAUAA